AUUUAUAAGUAUGGAUGAAGUGGAUACCGUUGUUUCGUAUAGGGAGAAAUACAAGGGUGCUAAGAGAAAGAUGAAGUGGUUAGUAUAUGAGCACGAGUGUUUCAAGGAAGAACUGAGAAAAUCGCAGCAAACUUUGCUGCAAGUUUCUAGAGAAAAGAGCUAUUUAUUGGACAGACUUAUCAGCUAUGAGAAUCUUCCUGACUCGUCUUCAGAGGAUGAAGUCACAGCAUUGUCUUCAGAAGAGGGCGAGGGAGCUCUAGAGAUAAGACAAGGCGACUCACCUAUACCCACUGAAGUGAAACCUAAGAAACCGUGUUUGGAAGUAGUAGCUGAAUCUACUGGUCAUCAUCAAGAGGUGACUGUCCCUCCACUUACCAUCAAACUAGGUCAUGCGUCUGGUGGUAGACAUGGCAGUAAGAUGUUUGUGUCAUCAGCUGGUGUUAGUGAAGCAGAAGCUAAUCCACCUACUGUAACACCUACUCCUAAAGCACUCACAUCAGAAAUGCUGAAAGCUAUUCCCUCUUCUAUCUCAUCUUCUCCGAGUAAAUCCAGUUCGGUUGUACCUCAACUAAUCACCAAGCAACACAAACCGUCAGGAAUCAAGUCACUUCCUGCUGCACCUCGACUGCUUCAAUCUAUCCCUGGCAGUGCUAGUCGAUUGCCAUCACAUUUAACAGGUGGCAUCCACACCAAGCUUGUCACUCAGGCAGGAAUGGGUCAGUUAUCUUCGCCUUCGCCUACUUCUACAGUUAGUCCUUCUGGGAUACAAAAAAUGGCUGGAAGUGCACUGGGAAUGCGAAGAAUUGUAAUUGGUGGGUUACAUGCAGGAAAUCCUACUGUUUCAAGUGAUCCAAAAAGAGGGAUAGGAAAAGAUUUGAUGUCACCUCAAGGUGCAGGGAGAAUAAACUGGGGGGAGAAAAGUUGAUUGGAGAAAAACAUGGUUUUCAUCGUUGGCAAAUUGUGACGUGAUUAUAUGUGUUCAGACUAAUGUAUAUGAUCAAAAUUCUGAAAAGUGAAUAUGUAGUUAUAGUCUCUUGCGCAGCCCCUCUUUUAUUAACAUGCAUGUGCGAGGAGCAGAGAGGGGGCGGUGCCCGCACCUCUUGCACACGUUAAGAGGGGCUGUGCUUUAGUAGUACUACUGCUAUCAAUGUUUUCAACAACACUGGGACUGAUUUGGUAUCAUGAUUGCUUGAUUCGGUAUCAAGAUUACUGACUAUCAUUUAAGAUGCUUUGUCUAAGCAAAUGUAUUUUGUUUGUGUUUGUGUCAUUUAAUUAAUUAAUUAUUGCUUAAUUAGAAAAAACACAUUUGAA